AUGACGCCGAAGAAGCGCAAAGACGAAGAGGCGCCUAGCGACUAUGUACCGCGUGAGAAGAUGGUGAAGAUCGCGCCCACUCCAAGUUUCUGGGACGCCGAUUUCCCAUCCGAUGGCGAAACGCCUGUCACGGCCAGCGGGCAUGUGAGCCGUAGACGGAUGACCGGCAUGAUGGAAGGAAGGAUUCGCCACGCCCCAGUGCCAACAGAGACAAUUCGGAGUGCAGUGCAAGCUCCUGAACAGGGUGGUAACAAUCUCCAGCGCCGAAUUGCUGCCAUGGGCCCACCGAUCAGGUCAAAUCAAGACCGCGCGGUGACGCCACCGAGUGGACAAGAACGUGCCAAUGGGCCAUGCGCGCAGACUCCCGAAACCCCUUAUCCGGUGGAACGAAGGCCCAACUACCAGGUCAAUUCAAACAGAGCUGGAAGAGGCCGAGGGGGACCCACUAUGGGUAUGGACAGGCAAGCAUUUCAGUUGCGACAAGGGAGACAUCCAUCUUCGGAUAUGCUCAUGCCGCCGCCGCCGUCUAGUAUGCAGCGCUCGAGUGUUCUACGUCGUGGAGACGCACAACACGUCGGUGCGGCUGAAGAGGAAGACGGGAGUGCGCAUCGAAAUAGCGAUGUAGUGCCCGCUGGACUUGAGGAGGCAGAGGAAGAGGAAGACGGAAAUGCGCAUCGAAAUCACGAUGUAGUGCCCGUUGAACUCAGUGGUGAAGAAUCCCAGUCACCUGGCGUUCGUCCAUCAAGUAGGGUUGGGCGGCCGUCUUCUCAGGAAGAGAACCUGCCACCACAGCCAACCUCACCGUUGCCUGUGGUAGUUCAGGGGAUUGAUGAAGCUAGGCCACAAGAAUCUCUUGUCGUCGGCUUGGAUUCAGAAACCGUGGAGGUAUUGGAGAAGCGUCUGGCCCAAGUUCUGGGACAAGUGAAGGACUUGCGCGCCGAGGCGUCUGCGGAUCUCCGCGUGAUGUUUCGGAAGGGAGUGCAGUUGGCGAAUACCGAUCUAUCAGGGAUCGACCCUGCUAUUUUGGGAGAGGUAUGGGAAGACCUCGAGGCAGAGGACGCUGUAGGCAUGGUGGAGACGGACGAUCCAGAUAUCGCCGCGCUCUUUGACGAAGAGGAAGAGCCGAAAGAGUGA